AUGGAGGACCAAUCGGAUCCUUCAAAAACUAAGGCUCUUACAUAUGCUGAAAAACUAAUGGGAAAAAAACAGCUUCCUACGACAUCUUUGGAUUUGAGCACGCUGCCAAACCCUAGUGUGAAAGAUGGAAAACCUGCGGUUGUUAUACCAGUUAAAUACCAUGAGGAGGGAUGCGACAUAUGGAAGUACAGUCUCAUUGGAAGGCUGGACUUUAAGGAUUUAAACUUCAGUGACGUGAAGAAAAACCUAGAAUCUCAAUGGCAGCUCGGUGAAGGGGGUGGUCACUUUUUUCCCAUGAAUAGAGGCUUUUUUAUUAUCAAGUUAAAAUCUCAGAAAGCUAAAGACAAACUUUUUGAGGCACAAGCUUGGAUUGUGGCGCAUCAAAAGUUAAGCUUAAUGGAGCGGUACCCUAGUUUUGAUGCUGAUAAGCAAAAAACAAUUCACGCAACUGUGUGGGUGAAAUUUCCUGGUCUUCCAAUGGAAUAUUGGAUUGAAAAGACCUUUCUUGCGAUGGGAAAAUCCUUGGGAACUCCCAUUGUCGUUGAUAAACGUACUCUAGCUCAUGAAUAUGGUUAUUAUGCUUCGGUUCUCAUUGAUAUUGCUGAAAUGAAUGAUGUUGACGCUAUACAUGUUUCAGUUGGAGGAUUGGAAUUUUUGCAACCCAUUGAGACUCACAAGAAACCUAAGUUUUGUACUAGUUGUAAAAUAAUUGGGCACAAUGAGGCAGAAUGUAGAUGA